GUCUUUUCACACGGUGACUAAAUUUAAUAAACGAAGAAGAGAAUCUCGUCAUUUAGCUUGUAUGCUAACACAGUCAUAGUGUCGAGCAGGAAAAUCUCACGGCGUCCACAAUGAAGGAUGUUCUCGGAUUCCUCAAACAACAACAGGGCAGAAGUCCCACACCAGAAAUCGCCGCGGAAUGGCACACGCUGGAGGAUUACUACAACAAAAAGUUGUGGCACCAGUUGACUCUGAAGCUCAGUGACUUUGUGCAGAAUCCGUGUUUGUGUACAAGUGACUCUCUCGUUCAGCUGUACGAGAACUUCAUCUGUGACUUUGAACACAGAAUUAAUCCUUUGUCAUUAGUGGAAAUCCUCCUCCAUGUGGUCAGACAGAUGCCAGACCCAAACACCGCCAUCACGUUCCUGGAGAAAACGAAGGAGAAGGUGAAGUCGAGUGAGGAGGCAGUGAUUUUGUGUAAAACAGUGAUUGGCAGCCUGAAGCUUGAUAUCAAUGAUCUGCCUGCUACUAAAAAACUGAUAGAGGAAGUGGAGGAGAUGCUGAACGCCUUGCCGGGAGUGACAUCUGUACACGGCCGAUUUUACGAUCUGUCCAGUAAAUAUUACCGCAUAAUCGGGAACCACGCGCUCUACUAUAAAGACGCUCUGCGCUACCUGGGCUGUGUGGAUGUCAAAGACGUGCCAGGGGCAGAGCAGCAGGAGCGAGCCUUCACACUGGGAUUGGCUGGCCUGCUCGGAGAGGGCGUGUACAAUUUUGGAGAGCUGCUCAUGCAUCCUGUACUGGAGUCUCUGAAGAACACAGAUAAGCAGUGGCUGAUUGAGACGCUCUUCGCCUUCAACUCUGGAAAUGUGGAAAAGUUUCAGGCUUUAAAAUCAGCCUGGGGUCAGCAGCCUGAUCUUGCUGCACAUGAGGCCAAACUGAUGCAGAAGAUCCAGCUGCUGUGUGUGAUGGAGAUGACGUUCACCAGACCAGCGAAUAACAGACAACUGACAUUCCAGGAAAUCUCUCAAAGCACCAGAGUCCCAGUAAAUGAGGUGGAGCUCUUGGUGAUGAAGGCUCUGUCAGUCGGACUACUGCGAGGAAGCAUUGAUGAAGUGGAUCAGAAAGUUCAGAUGACCUGGGUACAGCCACGAGUCCUCGAUCUGCCCCAGAUAAAGGGCAUGAAGGAGCGUCUGGACUUCUGGUGUGGAGAUGUGAAGAGCAUGGCUGUGCUGGUGGAACAUCAGGCACAGGACAUUCUCACAUGAACACAUUUUAUUAGCUGUAAUGCAUGUUAACGUGACCUUCUGUGUUUGAUUAAAGAUCUUUCCACGUA